UUUGGCCACGCCCCCUCCUCACCGGCCUACAUAAGCUGACGGCCGGGCGGGCGCCUAGCUAUAGGUGCGCGGUUCACGUCAGCGGUCGGCGGCGUGUGCGCGAGCGAGCGAGCGAGCGAGCAGGAGGCACGAUGGUGAAGAGCCUGGGGAGCCUGGCUGAAUUUGAGACUGAAUUGAAGGCAGCUGGUGAUAAACUUGUAGUUAUUGACUUCUCUGCUACAUGGUGUGGACCAUGCAAAAUGAUCAAGCCUUUUUUCCAUGAACUUGUGGAAAAAUAUAAUAAUGUAGUAUUCCUGGAGGUUGAUGUGGAUGAUGCUCAGGAUGUUGCUGAACAUUGUCAAAUCAAAUGCAUGCCGACAUUCCUGUUCUACAAGAACGGCAAGCGGGUGAAGGAAUUUUCUGGAGCAAACAAAGAGAAGCUGGUGGAGAGUAUUCACGAACUAAUGUAGCAAUGGAUCCAACAAACAGCGUGAACAAAUGUUGACUGUUUAAAUUAUAGCACGUAACUUUUUCUACUUAGACUGAUCAGGUUAGCUUGAAAGUAAAUAUCAAAAUAAACUGUCCCUUCAGACUGUAAAUGAGUACAAUAAAAUUAUCAAUUCUUUGCCUUCA